AGAGCCCAUCAAUGGAAGAAGUGGCAAGAACCCAUCAAUGGCGUCAUCAAGUACUGAUUUUUGCUUUCCCUUUUGGCAGCCAUCCGAGCUGCCUUCUCAGCCUCGUCCGGCGACUCGCCGACGAGGCUCCAGCUGUGAAAUUCUCUUUCUUCAACACCAGCACUUCCAACGCCGCCAUUUUCAACGACUGCCGUCGGAAUCACAACGUUUUUCCUUACAGUGUCGGAGAUGGCCUGCCGGAAGAGUACGUCAGAAAACAGGGAGUGCCGGCGGAACCCGCAGCGCUUUUUCUAAAGGCGGCUGCUGGGAACUUCAGGAUGGCGGUUGCGUUCGCGGUGGAGACGGCGGCUGUGGAGGUUCGAGGAGUUGUGAGUGACGCGUUUUUGUGGUUCGCCGGUGAGAUUGCGGCGGAGAUGAAGGUUCCUUGGGUUCCGGUUUGGGUUCCCGGGCUACGGAGUCUGGUUGUUCAUCUUCACACCGAUUUGUUCCGGCGAAAACUGGCGGAUACCGUAGAUGAUAAAGAGAAAGUCAUCGAUUUCCUUCCUAGGUUUGAAGCAAUACGUAAAGUUGACUUACAAGAAGGCGUAGUGCACGGAGAUUUAGAAUCACCCUUUGCAAAUAUGUUACGUAAGAUGGAGAUUCAUUUACCGAAAGCCUCCGCUGUCGUCAUAAACAGUUUCAAAGAAGCCGAACCUGAGAUGUUCGACAUUCUAACACCAAUGCUUCAAAAGCUACUCACGAUUGCACCACUUAACAUAACACCAUCAACAUCAAUUAUUGCCGACGAGCACGGCUGUCUCGAAUGGUUAGACAAGCAAAAGCCAAUGUCUGUGGCAUACAUAUGCUUCGGUACUUUUUUAGCACUCCCCCCUAACGAGUUAUCGGCACUGACCGAGGCGUUGGUCGAGAGUAGGGUUCAUUUUCUAUGGUCGUUUAGGGGCAACCCUAAGAAGAGCUUCUCUAAGGACUUCCUUGAAGUAGUUGAUGUGCAAGGAAAAUUAGUGCCAUGGGCUCCCCAAACAAGAGUGUUGGCACAUUCUUCAGUUAGGGUUUUUAUAGCUCAUUGUGGAUGGAACUCUGUUUUGGAGGCUAUAAUGGCUGGUGUGCCUAUGAUAUGUAGGCCCUUUGUUGGGGACAAUGCCCUUAAUGCAAGGACAAUGGAGUUUCAAUGGAAGGCUGGCUUAGGGCUUCAAGAUGGAAUAUUCACAAAGGAUGAAGUAAUGAAAGCAAUGAACUCGAUCUUCGACCCUUAUAAAGGGGCUGAAAUAAGUCGGAAUCUUAAAACGCUUAAAGAUCUAGCUCUUGACGCUACUCGACCUGAAGGAAGUUCAACUAAAAACUUUAAUUCAUUGGUCGAGUUACUUACCAAGUAGCUAGUUAUCUAACUUUCGUUUCAAUUUUUUGUACUUUUGAUUACUUUGUUUU